AUGGCAAUUGCAUCCAGAGUAGCCGUCGUUACAGGCGCAGCACAGGGUAUCGGCCUCAACAUCGCCCUCCGCUUGGCUGACGAUGGCCUCGACGUUGCCGUAAACGACACAGCGUCCAAGAGCGAACAGCUAGAGGAAGUCGUGUCUCAAAUCCGAGCCAAGGGUCGACGAGCGAUCGCCGUUUUGGCGGAUGUAACGCAAGAAACGCAGGUCGAAGACAUGGUUUCUCAGGUUGUCGAGCAACUCGGAAGUCUCGAUAUGGUUGCCAAUGCGGGCGUGCUUGUCGUUCAGCCCAUCAUGGAGGUGUCAGCGGCGGAUUGGGACCGGGUGAUGGCGGUUAAUGUCCGCGGCACCAUGUUGUGUUACAAAUACGCUGCGAAACAGAUGGUGAAGCAGGGACGAGGUGGCAGAAUUAUCGGCUGGGCAGGAAUAUCUGCGUAUUGUGCAUCUAAAUUCGCCAUCAGAGGUCUCACUCAAAGCACAGCUGACGAACUGGCGAAGCACAACAUCACAGUGAACACGUAUGCACCGGGAAUUAUCAAGUCUUCGAUGGCGGAUCUGCCGUUGGCCGACCCCGAGGUGGUUGCUGCUGUGGUCUCCUUCCUUAUCAGACCGGAGUCAUAUUUUAUUACCGGCCAAUCCAUAUCACCGAACGGUGGAGCCGUCUUUGAUUGA